AAGAGCAAAUCUAAAUACAUCCUGGUGAGGAUGAAAAGUGCAGCUGAGACAGGCUACUGUUUCAACAUCAGGAGACUGCGGCUGCAAGAAAAACUGGUCCUGUUCAAGUACGAUCCCAUUGCAAAACAACGUGUCCUUUUCACAGAGAAGAGAAAAAUCCGCUCUAUCUGAACAAUGACCGGAGUUGAUUUAUGCGAGAAGAGAGAUGGUCUGGGGGCAGGACGGGUGAACGCUGACUCAGAAAUCCAGCAACAUGGGCUGAAAAGAGAGGAAAUGAACUGGGAUCACCGUCUCCUGUGAUUUGAAGGCCAUUGUGAAUAAAACAAUGUAGAGAGAGAAAAUUCUUAAUGUCUGGACAUAGAUCAUCAGAGUAACAUUUAUUUAUCUUUUGAGUUAUUUUUACAGUACUCAAUUAAAAAAAAAAUUAAAUAGCAAA